AUGACCUCUCUCUUAUCGUUCCGCGCCUCUAAACGGCCUCAACUCCUUUUACUCGUUUCUCUCAUAUUAUUCUGUUUCUGCUUUUAUAGUCUUUGGAGUAUACCGUCAGAACAAACCGAGAGGUAUCAAGUACAAACUCAAUCGUCUUCGCAGCCAUUGUCAACCCCUUUAUCAUCACAGGAUGAACAACCUGUUGAAGGAACCACAGAGCCUAGAAAGGUUCCCACGCCGGAAACGCACCCUGUAAAAUAUCUUACGAGCAGUGCCCAGCAAGAGUUUGAACAGAUCAAGGCUCGACAGUCCAAGACGCUUCAAGAGGCGGUUCAAGAAUAUAGACGGCGAUAUGGCAUGCCACCACCACCUCAUUUCGACAAGUGGUUCCAAUUUGCCAAGGACAACAAUGUCAAACUCGUCGAUGAGUUCGACACGGUUUAUGAUUUGAUCACUCCAUUCUGGGGAUUAAAGCCCAAGACCAUUCGGUCUCGAGCUAGGGAGGCACUAGGUUUCGAUAAUGGGUUGAUUGGAGUAUCUAUCCGAGACCACAGAAUUACUUAUAUCCAGAAUGGCGAAGACUGGCAACAAAAUGCGACAAAGGGAAUGAUGAACAAGUUUCUCAAGUAUCUCCCGGACAUGGACCUUGCUUUCAACUUCCACGAUGAGUCUCGCGUUAUUCUCUCCCAUGAGGACUUGACGAGGUUGGUAAAGACGGCCAAGGAGAAGAACAUGCCUGCAGCGUUAGCCAGUUCAAAACUCGCCAAUGACUUUACUCAGACGAGUCCUCAGUUACACGACGGGAAGUCAUUCGAAGAGACAACCCUCACGAGGUUUAAUUCUUUCGCACACCAGUCAACCUGGGCUCACUCCCGCUUGUCUUGUCCGCCUGAUACACCAGCUCGAUGUCUCGAAGAAGACGAGACGGUCGAUUAUCGAAGUAGGUACGGCAUGAGCGAUGUCGGAUUCGUUUACAACACGACUGCCAUGUCCGAUAUCUGCCUUUCGCCCAGUCUCAAGUCCAACUUUGGCUUCUUCGGUGGCCCUAACACCUACCGAAUCGUCCAAGACCUAUUCCCCAUUUUCUCGCAGUCCAAGAUUUCUUCUUACAGCGAUCUUGUAUACCCGUCACCUUGGGACUGGGCGGGCAUGGUAGAGUAUGAUGAGGAGAUGGAUAUGGAAUGGUCCAAAAAACACAGCAAACUCUACUGGCGAGGUUCAACAACAGGAGGAUACAGCCGUAACGGUCGCUGGAGACGUCAGCAUCGCCAGCGACUUGUCCAGAAGCUCAACGCCCGCGACCAAGCUCAGAUUCUCACGAACCAAGGGAAGUCUUCCUGGGAGGCCAGUGAGGUUCCGCGGGGUGACUACAGCGACAUGGUCGACGUGCAUUUCUCCCAUAUCGGCCAAUGCGACCCAGGCGACUGCGAGGCGCAGCGUGCUUUCUUCAACGUUACCGAGGCCGUUGAUCAACAAGACGCCUGGUCUUACAAGUAUCUCCUCGACAUGGACGGCAACGCCUUUUCAGGCCGUUUCACUGCCUUCCUCCGUAGCCACAGUCUGACAUUCAAGCUUGCUGUAUUCCGCGAGUGGCACGCCGAGUGGCUCAAGCCGUGGGCGCAUUACGUGCCUCUCAGUAUACAAGGAGGCGACUGGCUUGAGGCUGUUCGCUUUUUCGAGAGCGAGGAGACUGGCCAUGAGGAGGGCGAGCGCAUUGCUGCUGCUAGUCGGCAGUGGGCGAACCAGGCUGUUCGUCAGGUCGAUAUGGAAGCGUGGUUCUUCCGUUUGAUGUUAGAAUAUGCCCGAGUAAUAGACGACAAGAGAGAGGUUAUCGGCUACGAUCGCAGCAGCGCGAACAAGUUACCAAAGGAAGAAACGGCUGAAUGA